AGACGAAAACGAAGACGAAAACAACGACGAAGACGUUCAAAGUGCUGGAAAGAGAAAGAGGAAAAUCAGUGGUGGAGGAUAGGUUGGUCGUCAAGAGGCCGUCGAAAGACCCUGGUGAGAGAUUAAGGAAAGACGAAAGAAAGGAGGAGAGAAAAAGUAUACCUUGAAUCGAGAAAAAGAAAGUUCAAAUAAUAAACCCUUAAUAGACGAGAACGAAGGAAACGGGAGGAGAGAAAAUUUGUCUACUUUGAAAAACAACGUGAUUGGAAAAUACAAACGGCGGCUUGUAACGUAUCCCCAAAAACCCGACCGAAGACCUACGGAGACGUACGAAGAGCAACCGAUUGAGAGGGGAAAGAGUGGACAAUACGGCAAUAGGGUGAAGACGAUAGAGCAACGACAAUCGAAGACGUACGCGUGUUGGGUAGACGAAGUCGUCAUCGUCAAGGUGUUCGUGAGUUCCGGGUGCGGUGAUAGUUUUCUACGAGAUCACGGAAUUGUUUCUCUGCUUAUUUCUUUACUGUUUCGUUCUGACGUUCCGAAGCACGAGAUUAAAAAAAGAAAAAGAAGUGAAAGAGUGAGACGAAUAGAGAGACAGACGGUCAGAUAGAUAGAAAGAGUGCGAGAGAGAUAGAGUGGUAGAGAGAACGGUAGAGUGAGAGAAAGAGAUAGAAAACGAAGAGGACUGUAUGCGCGUCAGCUGUAUGCGCUUUUACAACGAAGGUAACGACGUGUGUGUGAUACUGUGACGAGAAGAGAGAAAGAGAGAAAGAGCAGCUACGAGAAGGAAAGAAAGAGAGAGAUACCAGCCACUGCCGAGAGAUAGAGAAAUGGCGGCGCUGGUGGCAGGUGUCCAGUAUGGUUUGUCGUCGCAAAGCAAUUUUUACGAGGAUAAAGAUCUCAUAUUUGUGAAGCUAACGGAUUCGGCGCAUCGUGCCAUUGAAGACUAUGUUAGAAAUAAGCAUGGUACCAGCCAGAACCCUACGAUACAAUUCCAAGGAAAUGAAGGACAUCUUUCAUUUCCUUCCACGCAAUCUGGCCAUGGCUCGGCGGGUUUCACCUUCAGCCUGUCCGGCAAUCAAGAUAUUGAAGGACCUCAGGGUGGCUUCGAGUGCAUUCAACAAACAGGUCCAACGAGCCUGGAAAGCCUCGGAGCGUUGCCAUAUAAAAUGCGAAUACAAGCGAAUGACGACGUCUAUGAGACAACCAGGCAUCGAAUGGCUGUGGCAGAAGAAAACAAUAAGAAUAAAUGCACCAGGGUAAUCAAAGCAAAUGGACCGGAUAUUGGCAGAAAAGUAAAGGUUAAAAGUACCGUUAAAACGAUACCACCGGUAUCGAACAAUGCAAGAUAUCGAGAAUCAUCAAACGUUCCACCAUCGUCUACCGGUGGUAAUAAUCAAUUAAGAUUAAGUUCCACCUAUAAAUCAACUCCUAUCAAUAAUCAAUCGAUGACUCGUAAUCAACCUGAGAAAAAGAUUUCCGACAUCAUGCGUAGACCACUCAAAGAACGUCUGAUACACCUACUCGCUGUGCGUCCAUACAAGAAGCCCGAGUUAUAUGAUCGCAUCAAUAAAGAAGGAAUUAAGGAACGUGAACGUAGUAGCGUGACAACGAUCCUGAAACAGGUGGCCUUCAUGCGAGACAACACGUUUCAUCUACAUAGGUACGUUUGGAACGACGUUCAGGAAGAUUGGCCAUAUUAUACGGAACAAGAUAAGGCUAUAAUGAAGAGGAGGAAACCUCAGAACCUCACGCCACCUGGAUCCAGCGAUGGUGGAUCUAGUGGUAGCGGACAGUCACCAAAUUCCGUUCAUCCGGGUUCACCACCAGCUAUAACAGCUCCACCCCCAAAUCUUCUUAACAAGAGACCUGGAUAUUAUCAAGGUAACGAUGGCCUUCCGACAAAGAAACCACGGAUAUCGCAUUAUAAGAAACCUGAACCUAGCUCAAAUACAACUUCUUCUUUGUCUUCCACUUCUUCCAAAGCCAACGAGAGUGGAAGGACGAAAGGUAGUGGUGUUAGUGGUGGUGUCAUUGCUGGUGUCGGUGGUAAUGUUGGCGGUGUCGGUGGUGGUAGUGGCAGUGGCAGUGGCAGUGCUGGUAGUGGAAGUGUCAGUGUAAGUACUAGCGGUAAUGCUAGUAUAUAUGAUGUUUGGGAUCAAAGACAUCAUCAUCAACAACAACAACAACAGCAGCAGCAGCAACAACGUGAACGCCGUACCGAUUAUCGGGCUGAAAGAACAUCAAACAGUGAAGUGUUACGAAGUGGUGGCGGAAAUUAUGGCAAUGGCAAAACUUGCCCAACGUCAUCAAGCAAUAGCAACAGUGCGAACAAUCAAAACGAUUCCGGUAUUUCGAGCAGCGAGAGUAAUGCCACGAACGUCAACAUCGCCAGUCAUAAUUCUCAUAAUAGUAUAACUCAUAAUAAUUCAAUGUGCAACAGUCGUAACCACUAUGGGGGUAGUGGUGGUGGUGGUGGUGGUGGUGUUGGCGGCAGCGGUCAAAAUAUUAAUAAAUCGAUCCAAGGUGGUAACGAAAACAGCAUUGGUUCAAGUGUAGAUCAUCUUGCGCGCAAAGUGACUAAUUCCACGAGCGGUGUAGCUGUGGGUGGAGUUAGUGCUAGUAGUGGUAGCAAUAGUACUAGCGGUGGUUACAGUGCUUCAUUAAACGGUAUAAUCAACGAGCGAAGAGACAGAACCGAUCGGAUUCGCAGUGAUAGAGAACGAGAAUCGCGUCAAAGGAAUAAUGCCAACCACGGUAGUAACUCCCUUUCUUCUUCCACCACAAAUCACAAUCUUGCGAAUAAUUUUGAUGGAAACUUAGCACAGUUUAACGAUAACGUCAACGAUAACACCGUCACGACAUCAACGUGUAACGUCGAUUCACAAAGUCAUACCGAUUUCCCUAAUUUCCUCUCAUGUUAUACUCCAAUACAAAGCUUGGAACAGAGACGUCGUUAUAAAAUUGAAUUUUACGAGGACUAUCAAGAAUAUAGAAGGUUGCACUCUCAAAUGGCGAUGGUCUCUGAGCGUUUCCAGCAAUUGGAGGAACGUCUGAAGGAAGAACAGGCGACGGGGAAUAUAGAGGGAUGGAGGGAGGUUAACAAAAUGAUUCUUAUGGAGUACGAGGAAACGAAGAGCGAUCCGAUACAGGAACAGACGAAACGUCGCUUCGAAUAUUUGCAUGAAAAAUUAAGCCAUAUUAAGAGACUGGUCACCGAUUACGAUAUGCAAAAUAGCGGAAGCACGUUGGCCAACCAUAUGGGUGAUACGGGAGGAAUGGAUAGUACGCAUUACUGACAUACAAUGAAAAGGCCGGCUUUUUUUUACUACGUCUGUUUUCGGUUGUCGGUACGUUACAGUCGCGACUCAUUUGUCGCAGAAUUUCCAUUUUCUCGACAAAGUUGCAAGGCUGAUCUUCUUAACGGUCCUUAUGGUUCCUGGAAUAAUAAUCGCCGAAAAUUAAAACUAAUCUAAAAAUAAAUGAAAACACUGAAUGGAGGUUGCGCGACUCGAAAACGAACGCCAUUCGACCAAUCUUCCUGCCGUAUUAUGACUUAUGAAAUAUAUCGAUAGGAGAAUGCGUUUCCAAUUUUAUUCUCCAAUUGUUUUGUUGACUUUCUUCAUUUGCGUUUAGAAAAAAGAAAAAAAAGAAAAAAGAAAAGAACAAAAAGAAAAAUGUGUGACGGAGUUUACGCGAUCAAACUGAUGACGUUUUAAAUUUGACCAAUGCUUGCUUCUCGGUUUAACUCGGUUUAUCGCUGAUUAUGAAACACGAAAAGGCUGACGACAAUCGGUACGUUUAAAAGGCAAAGAUAAUAAAAAUGAUAAAAGGAGAAAAAUAAUAUUAAAUAAAAUUAAAAAAAAAA